AUGGCGGCCUCAAGGCUGAAGCUUAUGCACAGCGACGACGAACAGGAAUUUCAAUCUCAAGGCGACCAGGACACGUCUCUACCGAUGGACCGUAUCCGACGAUUCAAGGACUCGGUCCAUGAUUAUAUACCUUUUGGACCCGAAAUUUGCGCGAUCAUCGACACGCCUCAGUUUCAACGUUUGCGAAACAUCAAGCAGUUAGGAACGUCUUACUAUGUCUGGCCGGGUGCCGCACAUAACCGAUUUGAGCACUGUCUAGGCGUCGCCUACUUGUCGCAUUGCAUGGCUGAACACUUGCAAAAGUGCCAGCCCGAGCUAAAGAUCACUCGUCGAGACAUCAAAUGCGUGACAAUGGCUGGUUUGUGUCACGAUCUUGGACACGGUCCGUGGAGCCAUGUAUGGGAUGGCCUAUUCAUUCCAAAAGCAUUGCCCGGUACUGCAUGGCAGCAUGAAGAUGCCUCCGAAAUGAUGUUUGACAUGCUCAUAAAAGAGAACAACCUCGACAUACCCGAGCAUGAUGUUACGUUCAUCAAGGCUCUGAUUGCUGGUAAUCCCAGCCGAUGUAGAGACCGCCAAGAGAAGCAGUUCUUGUUCGAAAUUGUCGCGAACAAGCGGAAUGGAUUAGACGUGGACAAGUUUGACUACAUCGCUCGUGACACACAUGCUAUGGAUCUGAGGGGUAACUUGUCUCUUACGAGGUGCGUUGCACGGUGUGAAAUAUACACCAUGGAACUUAAGGGAGCCGUAAUGCGAUUGAGGUUAAUACAUUCUGCUCGUGUUAUUGACGACGAGAUCUGUUUUGACAUCAAGGAUGCAAACCAAAUUUAUGAACUCUGUUAUACGAGAUUUAGUCUCCACAAGCGGAUCUACAACCACAAGACAGCCAAGGCUAUUGAGUACAUGAUUGUAGAUGCAUUGUUGGCUGCAGAGCCACACAUGAAAUUUGCAAGUGACAUCACAAACCCUCAAAAGUAUCUCUAUCUCACCGAUGACUUAAGAGCAAGGAUUGAAGCAUCAGAAAGUCCGGAGCUGGAGAAAGCUCGUUCAAUCCUGGGUCGUAUACAUAAGCGCGAUCUAUACAAGUGCGUUGACUACAAGGUGUUCCCGUGGUCGCGUAAGGACAUCUGCGAGGAAUAUUUCACUCCGGAGAAGAUCGUGCAGGCUGCUCUUGCUGACAACGGCGAUGAUCCCGAUGCGUUCGAACAUGGGGAGUUGACCGCGGAUCAUGUCAUCGUCGAUCUGGCCAAGAUGCAUUAUGGGAUGAAGGAUAAGAACCCUCUAGACUAUGUCAAAUUUUAUUCCAAGCAACAUCCCAAUACAAGCGAAAGAGCAAAUUUGGAUGACAUAUCUCUUCUGAUGCCCUCAGUAUUUGGGGAGGUGCUUCUGCGCAUAUACACGAAGGAGAAAGAGUUUCAUGGACUCGUGCAAGCGGGGUAUCGGACUCUCCUUGCACAGAUGCCUGAGCCACUCCCAGACCCUCUGGACUCACCCGAACCGCGCGAAUUAACUCCGCCGCUUGAGUUUCAAGUACCAUCUACGCCUCCGAUGCGGAAGCGGCCAUUGUCGCGCGUACAGAGCGCGGGAGCGCGGUUUUUCAGCGGUGAGAGUGAUAUCACACCGUCACUGUCGCAGAACAGCUUCACGUCAGUGCCGAAGAACUACACGGGGCGCCCACAAUCGCCAACACAUAAGAAGAGCAAUGGCCAGAAACGAGAGCGGGAGCCCGAGGUAGGAUCAGGGUCUCCCCCGCUCAAGAAGAAAAGGGGAGCACAUUAG